AAGAAACCCUAAAAUGUUCCAUCCCUGUCUUUUGAAGAUCAUAUGAAAGAGAUAAAGACUGCUACUUUCGAUUCAAGUUACAGAAAUAACAAUGUACGGAAGAUCAGGUCUCGAAAGAUUUAAAAAAUCUCAAACUUCCGAACCCUUCUCCCUAUCAACAAACCCCCCAGCGAAGCCCCAACUUCAACGCGUUCCCCCCGAGACGACACCAUCUCCAUCUCCAUCGGCGGCGCAAACUCAGAUCGGAGCUAGUCAGUCAACGUGGCAUCCUCCAGAUUGGGCCAUUGAGCCUCGUGCAGGUGUCUACUCACUAGAAGUUGUGAAAGACGGACAGAUCCUUGAUCGGAUUCAUCUCAACAGACGGAGACAUAUCUUCGGAAGACAGCAUCAGACUUGUGACUUUGUUCUUGAUCAUCAGUCUGUUUCUCGUCAACACGCUGUUGUUGUUCCUCACAAGAACGGCAGUAUCUUUGUGAUUGAUUUGGGAUCAGCUCAUGGAACCUUUGUUGCAAACGAGAGGUUAACGAAAGAUACUCCUGUAGAGCUUGAAGUGGGUCAAUCUUUACGUUUUGCUGCCUCAACUAGAAUUUAUAUUUUGAGGAAGAACAGUGAGGCUCUCUUUACACGGCCUCCUCCUAGAGAUGAGAUCAAGCUUCCACCUCCUCCUGAUGCUUCUGACGAGGAAGCUGUUGUUGCGUACAAUACUUUACUCAAUCGUUACGGUUUAAGCAAUGGAGAAGAAUCUGGUUGUGUGUUGGGAAAAAGGAAAGAGAAGAGUGAAGGAGAAGGUGGGGUGAGUAAGAAGAGGAUGAAGAAGCUAAGAGUUAGCUUCAGGGAUCAACUAGGAGGAGAGCUUGCUGAGGUUGUUGGGAUGUCUGAUGGAGCAGACGUGGAGACUGAGCCUGGUCCGAUUGGUGUUAAAGAAGGGAGUCUUGUUGGGAAGUAUGAAUCAAUGGUGCAAGUGACGUUGAUACCGAAAGGUAAAGGGAAGGAAGAGAAAGGUUUUGCGGGGAACAGAGGUGUGACUGAUAGACUACAGGAAGCGAUGAAGAAGUUAAAAGGAGGUCCAAAAGGAGGGAUUUAUGAUGAUCUUUACAGUGGUGAUUCACUUACCAAGGCGGUUGGUACUUCUUGGGCUUCUUCUGUGAGUGAACCAGUGGCUAAAGAUAAAGAAGAAACUAAACGUGGAGGAGUUGAUGACAAAGAUGAUGAUGAUAACGAUGAUUUGUUUGGUGACUGACUGAUUUUGAAACGAGUUUUAAGCUACUCUUCUAUUGUCUACAUCCCAUUCCAGGGUAAUUGGUAAUGUUGUUUUCCUCUUUGUAUAUCCAAUGGAAGCAAGCAAUGGCGCACUAAGCCCAGGCCCAUUGUCUUGUGUUAUAAGUUUAGAACACUGAGAUUUUGUUUGAUAGGAGCCUGAGCCUGCUCAUUCUAGUUGAAUCUUAACUAGUCAUUACAAAUAGUUUGGGGAGUACAGAAAGUAGGGCCAGUAGAGAUGGAGUGCAAUGGAAUUUGACCAUUAGUGACUUACAAUUCUCUCCUCAAGGCAGACAAAUCCCAUCAGAAGAGGACAUUUCUACUCAAAUACCUCUCUUCCCAGUCUUAUUUCACCUUUUGCCUUUUUGCAUUAUUAAAAUAGCACACUAAUGAUGUGGGUUGACUUCCCCCUUCCCCCACAACAACAGAGAUUCCACAGAGGAUAUGGACAAAAACUAAAACCCUUGGUACAGUACAAAUAGUAAUCUGGCUCUGCUGCUUUAAAGUUUGUGUCUGAAGAGGGAAGGUAUCAUCUGGGGAUCCAUGCAUCUUUGCUUUGGGAUUUGCUUUAUGACAAAUAAUAUAAAGAUAAGUGCUGCAGCCAAGUUUGCUUUGAUUAUAACUCUCUUUUGUAUUAAGCCUACCCAACUCCCUACUACUAGUUAUAUAGGGUGGUGGUCCAUUGUAUUUAUAAAUAAGAGUAAUCUCACUUUCAAUUAAUUGUAGUAGGGAAAGGUGGAACACCCACUUUUGUGUGUUCACUUUAUUUCUGUUUGGUGAGAAUUUGUUUUGCUUGUGCAAAAAAAUGUAAUGCAUGAAGGAC